AAGGUUUAUCUGUGAUACUUUAUGAUACUGGCAAUGACGAGGAUGUCAAUAUCAAUGAAGUCAUAGCAACAGUAGUAAUGGAGGAAACAGAAGCCAGGAUGAUGGCUCAAGGUGACUUUCAACCAGCAUCAAUAUCAACUGAAACCUCACCAGUCAAAGGGUUAUCAAAUAAAGCCAAAAAUUUAGAACAAGCUUUAGAUUCUUUAAAAAUUUCUCAAGAUAAAAAAGUUACUUCUAACAUUAUCGAAGAAGAGGAAGUAGAAGAAGAAAAUGGCGAUUCUGAAGGAUCAUGGGAAACUGAGGAAGAGGAAGAGGUUGUUCCUGUCAAAGGAGCAAUGAAAAAAAUGAAGGAUAAAAAUAGUAACAUGGUUAAAAUUAGCACCAAGAAAAAUGUGACUUCUUCUGACGAAUUAAGUGAUAAUAUCAAAUCACAAUCACAAUUCCAAUCCCCUGAUUCAGAGGGUAAAAACUUGUAUACCUGGAAGAAAUCUAGUCAAGGGGGUGGGGCUCCAGAAGUGGAAUUUGACGAUGAAACAUCUUUGUGGGAUCAUGAGGAAUAUUGGAAACGCCCACUUCCUCAGCCCCUGGAUAUUCCAGAGAGGGGAGAUUAUAUCGAUUGUCAUGUAUCUAAAGUAUUUGAUCCUACAAAUUUUGUGUGCAUUCCAUAUGGAUCCAUGGCUGAUUUGGACCAGUUGUUGAAAGAUUGUAUAGAAUAUUUUAAUCUACACUGUGAAAAUAAGAUAUUAAAACAAGAUGAAAUCAAAGUCGGCCAUUUAUAUGCAGGUCAUCAAGAAGGGGCCUGGUACAGGGUGCUGAUAAAUAAGAGAGUAGGUCCUGGAUUGGUAAGUUUAAAUCAGGGGCCUGGUACAGGGUGA